UAAAGAACAGAAUUAACAUUGACAUCAAGCGUUUAAAAUGGGCACUGCAGUCCAAAUUCAGAAUAUUGGAGAGAGUUGAAUCUCCCGCCCCCUCCUCCCCAGACUCGAAGCUCAUGGGUUGCCAGGUUGAGGGCACGCAAUAGGAACGAGCAAACUGACAAUGGCAAGCAACGCGCCUUAUACUGUGUAUUUGAAUGACUGUCAUCCCCAGGCAGGCUUGGUCAGGUCAAAGGAAAGAUGGGUAGGCGGAGGAAGCGGAUUGCACCAGGUGAUGGAGUGCCUGCUCCAAGAAAGGAAGAAAAAGCACUGGUUCCACCACGUAGGGAGAAGAAAAAGAAAACUGACAUCGGAAAGGUGUUUAUCAAUAUAUCCAUCGGGUUGUGCAUCUUUAGCCUCAUCUGGUUCUUCUAUGCUAUGUAUAUGCGGUCAUCAUUGGCCAGGAGGGUCAUGACAUUGCAUCCCUCUCCACGAGUUUUGGACACCAAUAGCUCCAGUGCUGCUGUGUCUCCAGAGAGAUUUUGGGGUUCUUAUCGGCCUCAGGUGUACUUUGGUAUGAAAACAAGAAGUCCCAGAUCUGUUGUGACAGGCUUAAUGUGGAUGCGUCAGUUCAGUGACAUGGAUGGAAAUCUGAGGCACACGUGUGAGCAAGGGGACAAUUUGCAGGGCUAUGGGUGGUUGAUGCACGAUGGGGUCUCUUUUGGAGUCCAGGAGAUCCAUGACCGGGAUUUCACGUUGACCACAGAGUUUGUGAAGCGUAUGGGUGGAGAUCAUGGGGGAGACUGGACCUGGAGAAUCACUGCCAAACAACAUAGCUCUGCUGCUAUGGCUCCAGUGAUCUCGCUGAUGUUCUAUGCUGCCACAGAUGUUCAAGGUUCCUUGCAGGCUCAUGCAGAUGAGAAAAAUCGCUUGACCUCUGUUACAGGAACAUCUGAGGAGCUUGGCAACUUCAAGAUCACCUUCGGCAAACCCACGGCGGGGGAAGGUGCUAGUGGGAAAUAUGCAAGAUAUAAUUACUUGCAGACUAAGAGCCCUGGCCUGGAUAAGCUGACAGAUAUAGUGAAGAGCAGCCUAAGUCAUAAGUUUGUUUUCAGUCCUCCCAAAGGUGAGAGAAGAUCUUAUUUUGCAGUUGAUUCAUACAAAGUCCCAAACCACCAGAAUCAACAGCAAGAUCCCAAGACAGAGAGUGACUUUGUGUUGCAUCAGGUGACCGUUCAAACCCCUUUCCAGAUUGAAGUUUUGUUUGAAUCUGGAAGCUUUCAUGAACGACCGAAUCAGCUUGUGGGCUCAGUGCUUACAGAUGAACUGGAGAAGCGCAAGGUGGCUUUUGAUGAGAAGUUUGAGGGUACAUUUGGCCUCCAAGCUAAAUUGUUCACUGUUUCGCAGAUACAAUUUGCCAAGGCAGCUUUAAGCAAUAUGCUUGGUGGCAUGGGAUAUUUCUUCGGACAGUCGGUUGUACAAUCGGCUUAUAAUGAGCACCCUGUGCUUUACCCUGAGGGUCCACUGUUCACGGCCGUACCAUCUCGCUCUUUCUUUCCAAGGGGCUUUCUGUGGGACGAAGGAUUCCAUCAACUUCUCCUCAGCAAAUGGGACUCGCGGUUAACACAGGAGGUCAUAUCACACUGGCUUGAUCUUAUCAACAUAGAGGGCUGGAUCCCGCGUGAACAGAUCUUGGAUGAUGAGGCACGCAGCAAAGUACCAUCUGAGUUUAUAGUGCAGCGCAAUGAAAAUGCCAACCCACCCACACUUUUCCUGGUCCUACAGGAGCUAGUGGAGCAACUGGAGGCUGAGCCACAUAUGUUGUCCUCUCAAACCAUGCUUCCUUUCCUGCGAAGGCUAUACCCAAGAAUACAGACAUGGUUUGAGUGGUUUAACACCACACAAGCUGGACCCAUGGCCAACUCCUACCGCUGGCGAGGCAGGGACAAAGACACCAACCUUUUCCUGAAUCCCAAGACCCUCACCUCUGGCCUGGAUGACUACCCACGGGCCUCCCACCCCUCAGCUGAUGAGAGACAUGUGGACUUGUACUGCUGGAUGGCCCUGGCCUCUGGGAUAAUGGCAAAUGUGGCACGAAUACUUGGGGAACCCCACCAGGUGUAUGAGAACACCCAUCUUACUCUCAGCAAUAACGUUCUGUUAAAUGAACUGCACUGGUCCGAGAAUCUGCGGGCCUUCAGUGAUUAUGGCAAUCACACCCAGGCUGUGUCACUUCAGCAGGAGAAAGUGUAUGUGCCCCAAGGACAACCUCGGCAUCAGUUCCCAGUUACGCGACUGGUUCGCUCUGUUCGCAGAGCCCCCAAGCUGCAGUAUGUGAAUGCAUUAGGCUACGUUAGCCUUUUCCCUUUCUUGCUACAUAUUCUGACACCAGACUCGCCAAAAAUAGAGCAUGUUUUACGGGACAUUCAAGAUCCUGAACACCUUUGGACACCCUAUGGUCUGCGCUCACUCUCACAUACAGAUCCCCUCUACAUGAAGAGGAACACCGAACACGAUGCCCCCUACUGGCGAGGACCCAUUUGGAUCAACAUCAACUAUCUGGCUGUUAGAGCACUGCAUCACUAUGGCACCAUAGAAGGGCCAUACAAGGAAAAGGCAGCUUCCCUCUAUCAAGAACUCAGGACUAAUAUCAUCAAUAAUGUUUACAAGCAGUAUCUGGAAAUGGGAUACAUCUGGGAACAAUACAGUGAUAGCAGUGGCAGGGGCCAGGGUAGCCAUCCCUUCACUGGUUGGUCAGCUUUGACUGUACUGAUAAUGGCGGAAGAGUACUGAGAAUCAGCAUGAUAUUCAGAACCGGUGCCAUAUAUUUGUUUCAUCAAAGUGUAACUCACUGUUUCUUGAUUGUUUCAGUCAUUUUGAAAAAAAAAAAAAAAAAAGCAUAUAAGUGGACAUUUUUCUUAAUGUAUUAUAAUAAUAAAACCCCAAAUGCUAAAUA